CGUCCGCAAUCUUCACCACCCUCGACCAACAUUGCAUAGCAACCUUCCAAGCGACCCCAGGCUGUCCCAAGCUGCGCGCAACCCGGCGCCCCUCCGUCGCAAUCAUGGCUCGUGUCUAUGCCGACGUAAAUCAGAACCUGCCCCGCACGUACUGGGACUACGACAGCGUCAACAUCAGCUGGGGCGUUCUGGAGAACUACGAGGUUGUGCGAAAAAUUGGCCGCGGUAAAUACUCGGAGGUUUUUGAGGGCAUCAAUGUGGUCAACUACCAGAAAUGCGUCGUCAAGGUGCUCAAGCCAGUCAAGAAGAAGAAGAUAAAGCGCGAGAUCAAGAUCCUGCAGAACCUGGCCGGCGGUCCCAACGUUGUCGCACUUCUCGACGUUGUCCGUGAUUCCCAGAGCAAGACACCCUCUCUGAUCUUCGAAUAUGUUAACAACACGGAUUUCCGGGUGCUCUACCCAAAGUUCAACGAUAUCGACGUUCGGUACUACAUCUUCGAGCUCCUCAAGGCGCUAGACUACUGUCACAGCAAGGGCAUUAUGCACCGUGAUGUGAAGCCUCAUAACGUUAUGAUUGAUCAUGAGAACAGGAAGCUGCGCCUCAUUGAUUGGGGUCUCGCGGAAUUCUACCACCCUGGCACAGAGUACAACGUUCGCGUGGCUUCGCGCUAUUUCAAGGGCCCCGAGCUGCUUGUCGACUUCCAGGAGUACGACUACAGCUUGGACAUGUGGAGCCUGGGCGCAAUGUUCGCGUCAAUGAUCUUCCGCAAAGAGCCGUUUUUUCAUGGCGGAAGUAACUCGGACCAGCUCGUCAAGAUUGCCAAGGUCCUUGGCACUGAUGACCUGUUCGACUACUUGGACAAGUACGAGAUCGAGCUUGAUUCGCAGUACGAUGAUAUCCUCGGUCGCUUCCAAAAGAAGCCGUGGCACAGCUUCGUCAACGCCGAAAACCAGCGCUUCGUUAGCAACGAGGCCAUCGACUUUCUGGACAAGCUGUUGCGAUAUGACCACGCGGAACGUCUCACGGCCAAGGAAGCAAUGGCGCAUCCCUAUUUUGCGCCAAUCCGCGACGAGGUCACUCUCCAGCAAUACUUGGCUGGUGGAACACCUCAGGCCUAAGCCGAGGUAAAGGUAGGGCGGCAUGUGGUCGCUACCGCCCUUCCCCCUCUUCUUCCUCAACCACACUUUAGCUUGCCGUUUUUCUUUUGGCUACCGAGACCGAGAGGGAGACGGUUCGACUUUAGUGUCAACGACCUGGUUCCCGCGGGCGCAGCGAAAAGAGCGAAUGGAGAAAAAUAUGAGACCAAAAUUGCCGUAUCUGAGAAGGACAACCUUCACCCCCAACCUCACUCAGCCUCCCUACCCCCUACCCCCCAAAGAAAUGAAAUACCGGUACUAUUUCGUGUAUGCGCUGCAGUCUCCUGUUGGAAUACCCCCCACGUAC